CAGCCGUUCAGCUGUUGAGGUUAAAUUCACAUUCACUCUGUCAUGACUUAAAACAGAUACGGUAUAAUAUAGACGAGGAAACUAUGAUAAAGGAGGCUUAAAUAUUGUUCUUUCAGUAUAUUUUGGCAUAUUUAAACAUAUUUCAAAGAAAAUGUCGUAUCUUGGAAUAGGAAGAGCGGAAAUAAAACGAAAAUGCUGGAAGCUGCUGCUGGCCUUAAUCUGUUCACUGAGUUUCACAUAUAUCGCAUACAAUACAACAACAGUAGAACAACCACAAACAAGCAACCUUUUGCCUACAAGACAUGUUUAUGAAUAUGGAUCAGAGUCUGCUGGCGCAUGUAAUAGGAAUAUUAUCUUUUAUGAACAAGAGUUUGUUGUUUUAAAGUAUGCAAUACAUAUUAAAAAGGACGUGUUUUCAAUAACAUGUAAAGACACACCACCUCAGUAUGCGUUUAAAUACCAAUGGGACAACACGAAACCCCUGCAAGAAUGGCUUCAAAAGCUACAAACUGCUACAAGUGUUUUUCAGACGGGAGCCAUUUAUCCGGUCAACGACAUCCCGACCUUUGUCUUUAAACGCAUUGAAGCACAUAACCUCUACCACACAAUGUGUGAAUGGAUGAAUGUAUUUUAUAUCUCUAAACGACUACAAUUAAGUCCAUCGAAUGUUGACAUUUUAUUCAUUGAUGAAAGACCGGGAAAUAUGUUGGACCCUGUUUGGAGUACACUGUUUAGAACAGUAACAAAGGCCGAUAAUGAGCAGGAACUUCCUGUUUUUGGAACGUUGAUAUGGAGUAUGAUUGGGUACAUCAGUCCUUUGAAUAAUCAUGCUUUGAACGAUGUUCCAUACCUUCAAGAGUUCAGAGAUUUUUUCCUAGACUCCUUUAGGUUAAAGACUAAAACUAAACUAAACUGCAAACAGUUACAAAUAACAGUGAUACUUCGGAGAGAUUAUAUGACGCAUCCUGAAAGGCAAGCAAUUUUCGGAGGUCGAGUUCAUAGAAAAUUUAAAAACGAGGGCGAUAUAGUAUUAACAUUGAAAAACAAUUUCCCGGAAGCAAAUAUAGCAGCUAUAAGGUUGGAAGACCUUACCAUGCUAGAGCAGUUAUCUCUUAUUACAAAUACUGAUAUUUUAGUAGGAAUGCAUGGGGCCGGAUUAAGUCACGUGCUAUUUUUACCAGACCACGCUCUUGUUAUAGAAUUGUUUCCACUUUCUUUUCACUCAGAUACAUAUAUUCAUUUUCGAACAUUUGCAAGAUGGCGUAAUUUAAAAUAUUUGUGUUGGCAGAACACGAACCAGGAAAACGAAUUUGAAGAUUUUUAUACAAAAAUACCAAAGAACAUAGUUGAUGUGCUAUCUACUAAAGCAAAUGCUUUAUUAUGUGGAAAUAUGUAAUUCGUUUCGUAAAUAUCAUUUGAAAAUUGAUCUUACGUUUAAGGAACAAGGACAAUUUCAUGUGCAUCAUUUAUUAAACUAAUAAAAUAGAUAUCAAAUA